UGCGGACAAAUAUGCAAACGUUUUGGCAAAGGAUAACAAAUUUGACCACAGCCAGGGUGAUUAUGGUGAGAGCCUAUGGGUGCUUAAAUUAUCGAGUCAAAGGUCUGCCAACGAGAAGUACAAUGAACGGGAUCUUUAUGACUACGGCCAGCAUACCACAGAAUCGGGUGAACCUGUCGGACACUUCACUCAACUCGUGUGGAAGGGUACCACUGAUGUUGGUUGUGCUAAGGCUAUAAAUGAGGCAAACAAGAAAGUCUAUGUAGUCUGUCAUUAUCAACCCCGUGGCAAUUAUGGUGGACUAUUCAAGGCUAAUGUUUUGCCCCCAAAAUA